UGCCAUAUAAACCUGGCAUGAUGACGACAUACAUAUAUUCAAAUAUAGGUGACACGCUUAGAUUCGUCAUUAACAUUUAUAAUUCGAACUUAGAUGAACAAGGAAAUCAUGCAAGUCAUGGUAUAUGUACAAGAUUAGCGAUUUAAUUAUUCAUGUUAAUACAUUCUAAACACUAACACACAUCCUUCUCAAUGCAAAUAAACGAUAAACAAUGAUGAAUCGAAAACAAUUACGGAUGCUGUCCAAUCAAAAAUAAACAUCGCAAAGAGUACCAACAUUCCAGAUGUACAAGGUACAUGUUAUAACCUGCGCUUCAGACGUGUCACAAGACAGAAAUUGUGUUAAAUAUUUCAUUCAUACAUUUUACUUCUCUUUCUUUCUGUUGAUCAAGCAUUUCCUCUAUUGUUUUCUUUUAGUAUUGUCUUCUCGUGAUUUUUCAUGUGGGACGUACGUAUUUCUCACCUAGAUUAUGUUACACAUUGAUAUAUUUUAUCUGAUAUAUAAUAUCUGGUGCUUAAAUCUAGUAUAGAUCUGGUUUUUGAAUUUAUAAAUAAACCUGUACUACAUAAUAUUGUAUAAGGGAUAUCUUGCAUUCCAGAUAGAAAAGAUUCUCUGAUCUAGUUCCGGGUCUGAAUUUCACUAGGUUUUCUCGGAAUCCAACAGUAUUGUAUGGCUCAAUUUCGUCCUAAAAUUUGCGUGUGGGUGUGAAUGAAAAAAAUAAAAGACACAAGACCAUACCCACACGCUUUACUUCUCGGACAACAAUAUUUUAAUAUAAAGGAAAAAUGAAACUUAAUUAUGGUAUGUCCUAAUUUUGUCGCCUGGCAAUAUUGCAGUCUCUAAAAAAAAAAUACGAAACUAUUAUGUCAAGAAGAUAUUCACAAGAAUGACAUUUGUAUUUAUGGUUUGAUAAGACAUUGUUUAUCAGAUGAUCAUUAUCCCAUGAUAAUGGUACUAUUAAAAAGUGCGAAUAAUAACUUUUGACGACGGUAUAACGUAAACGAAUACAACCUUUUAUUUUGUUGAUUGAUUUUUGUAAUCACAAUUAGUUUAUCAAAUAUUUUUCAAAUCUAUCGAUCUUUUUCCGUCAAUUCUUUUUAGUAGUUUGAUUUUAAAAUGUAUAUAUAUAAAGAUAUCGUUAAUAAUUUAAUUUUAUAAUUUAAUUAAGAGAAAAAUAAGAACAAGGGGAAAAAAAUAAAGUCAAUAUCAUAUUCAAUAAAAGUUAUUGCAAUGAAACACUCUCAAUAAGUUUUUUUUUUUUUUUUGUAAAGUAAAUAAAAAGAAUAUUCAUUAAAAUAAUACAAAAAACAACAGUGGUAAAUUAUUCUAUGAUCUGUUAAGUUGAUUAUGCCAUUAUUUUCGCAUUCUUUAAAAUAUUAGUAUUAUCGACAAACAGUUACAUUUUUUUGAAUAUUUGACUCUGUUGAAAAUCUUAUGUAGAGUUAUUGAUUUACAUAUAUAACAGCAGAAAGAAUGCUUAUGAGAGGCAUAUUUGUCUAUGUAUUGAUAUUAAUUUACUGAGAUAAUAUUUAAUGAAGUCAAAGUACGAAUACGUCAUAGGAUAGUGAGAAGAAUACUCAUCUGUAUUUGAAUAUAUGUAUGUCGUCAUCAUGCCAGGUUUAUAUGGCAGUUAUUAGUAGAAUAUGUUUUUUGCCUGCGAGUUGAUGACGUACAUACAUGAGAAAAUGGAAAGAUGUUCGCUUAAACAAGAGUAUAUAAAAUGGAAACCUGCAUUGGUCUGAAAUACAUUGCUUUUAAUAGUAUUUAUUGGAUAAAAUAAUAUUAAUAUUUUAUUUAUUUAUCUCAAUACAUACAAUAUAUGAUGGUUUUAUAUGCAUCAUUCAAAGUUGUGCUCACCAUGUAUGUAUACAGAUUUCCUAUUAACAUAUAUAUAUAUUCAUUUAUUUGUUGUUAAUUUAGUAUUUGGUUUCAAUCUAUCUUGGGUAAUAGAUGAAUAUACUAUAUAGUAGUGAUUGUUCUGAAGUAAUAAUAAUCUUUGUUUUUAGGAAACUUAACUGUACCACCUCCUGAAUCUAAAUGUAAUCCGACAUUUGCCGAUUGCAAGCGUGGUGGAUGUUCUCUAAAUACUGAUUGUACAUGUUAUACAAUAAGCGACAAUACUCAAAGUGGAAGUAAAGGUAUAUGCGCAUCAAUGAUGAUAUCAUGUUCAGUGUUGACUCCAUGUGAAGAUGAUCGUAUAACUUGCAAACAACCAGAAACAAUUUGUAUUGAAAGUCAUCGAUGCAGUAAUCAACCUCUGUGCUAUCCAAUAGCUUUAGCCAAUACAGCUGUUUGUCCACCGUUACCUUCUUUAAAUGUUACAGUUACUAUAGAACCACAAUCCGACGUGGUUGUUUGCAAAAAUGCAACUUGGAAAAGGGACAAAAUCGUUGCAGGUGAUAAUGGUGUUGGAUUUGAAAUAAAUCAAUUGUAUCAUCCGAGCUAUUUCGUCAUCGAUGAAAAUCAAGAUUUAUAUAUAUCUGAUUGGAACGUCCAUCGAGUUGUCAAAUGGUAA